AUGUUAUCACAUGAUACACUUCAUUCAAAACAAGUUAUUAAAAUACAAGAUUUAAUAAAACAUUAUGAUUCAUUAUUAGCAAGUGGACAUGAACCUGAAACACAUGGUAGGAAUUUAAGUGAACGUUCUAAAUUAUUAUCAUCAUUUUAUAUCUCAUUAUUAUUACAAUGGAUACAUAUUCUUAAUAUGCUUGAUUAUACACAAGAAGCAUGCUGGUCACCAAUAUUAACACCAUCAUCAUCAAGAAUACAUUUAUCUAUCAGUGGUUAA